AUGCGGCCAGUUGCAAGGCCGCGAUCUCGAGACGGUUGCUGGACAUGUCGACUGAGAAAAGUCAAGUGCGACGAGGUCGGGCCGAUCUGCGGGUGUUGCACCAAGUCGAAGAAAGAAUGCGUCUGGAGCAAGAGAUGGAAGUUCUCCGAUCUGAGUUCAGCUGUACGACGUAAUUACAAGAUCACCACUUAUUCCGGCAACCCAAGAUUUGGAGCUAGUACGCUGCUACGGUCACCUGCAGAACAUGCGCAUAUAAUGGAUGUAGAGGCGCCAAUGGAGGACAUAACACAAGAGACAACAUUCCUUGGCUGUCGACCGACGCUCAACAUCGUUCUCACGCCAAAUAGCUAUCCGCCACCAACCACAAAUGGGCGAGUCAUCAAACUAGACGGUUUCACGAUCUCGAAGCUGUACAACUCUGAUGACCCAGAUAUAGUUUGUCUUCGUGAAUUGGGCAACGCAUUCCUUUCCGUCAUGUCACUCAAGCCGUCUUUGGCUAAAGAAGCUGACGGUACUUCCAACUCCGCACCACAGAUUUCCUGCGACGUCCUGGAUUGCAGCACAGAGGAUGAUCAUUACUUCCAGUACUUUCAGAAUGUGGUUGCCCGAAAAUUGAUUCCACAUGAUAUAAGCGAUCAAGUAGACGGCAUCGAAGGUCCCGUGAAUGAGAUGAUAUCUCUCUCCAAGACUUGGAUCGCGCUACGCCAUGCGAUACGCGCUGUGAGCACAUUAUAUCUGGCAGUCGAUGGUCGGCCGGAUAUCCUGGCAGAAUCUUUCAACCACUACAGCAAGGCUAUUAGAGCCUGUAUUGGUGAGAGCAAUGACUCUUUUCCAACAUCACCGCUUGCAGUCUCGCUAUAUCUGCACUUCAUUCUUCUUCUCUUCGACAUGUGUUGUGCUUCACAGGAGUUCUUGCCGGAGAGACAAGUGUGGACUGCACAUAUCGAUCAGCUCGCGCGUCUAGCGUACCAAAUGGAUCCAAUUAAAGACUCUCAAGCCUCACUCCUAUGGUAUGCCCUGCAAAUAGAUCUGAACUCGUGUCUGGCGGGUGAUUCUGGAGCGGGUUCUCUUGUAAAAGCAUAUCAAUCGAGUGAAUGGCAAUCACCUUUCAGGUACAAACUACCGUGUUCUGCUACCAAGUCCGUAGACGGCACUUACGACGGAACCGCCUACGAUCACUGUCGAAGCAUCCAGAACCUGAUCCACGCCAAACUCGCCGACCUGAGCCAACUGGCGUCAGAGAUUCGUGCAGAAGUUGAGCGUGACCCCACGAGCAUUACCAAAGUUCAACAGCAGAUCGUUGAGUUUCGGGACCAGCUCCGACAAUGUUGGCAGCACAAAACAUGGAGGUUCUUCACUGUUGGCUUAGAGCGAGUGAAGCCUUCACUAAUCCUCAAGCUCAAGACUAUCUAUGACAGAAGCUGCAUCCAGUAUUCAACCGCGAUGUUGUAUCUCAGUAUCAGCAUGUAUGUGGGCCAGUACUGCCACACAUUUGCUUCCCAACACGCUGAUAUCACUCGACAUUCAAAGCGAAUAUUGGUUCUGGCAUCUGAAAUGGUCGAGACUGGCGAUGCUUGGUCAAGUCUCCUUGGCCUACCGGUCUUUCUAGCUGGAAUCGUAAGCCGCGAAAGUCGAGAUAUGGAUGCAUGUCGGGCUCUAUGCCAUGCGGUCAAGGCCAUGUGUCCUAUCUUCAAUAUUUCAAAAAUUGAGAAGGUAUUGGACAAAGGACACAGAAAGCAUAUAUGCCAGUCAGCAUACGGUAUCUGUCUAGGCGGAAUGGACUGGGCUUCACUUUGCAGAAGCUGUGGUAUGGCAAAUUAG